AUGAAGAUCUAUAUUCUGCUAGCGAUUACUUCUUUCAGAUUUUGUUUCAUUGAAAAAGUUGCUUCAAAUUCUAGUUCUCGUCCAUACGAUGCAAUUUUCAACUUUGGUGACUCUUUGAGUGACACGGGCAAUUUCCUACACUCGGGUGCCAUUAAAUUUCCAGUUAUCGGAAAGCUUCCUUAUGGACGAACUUAUUUUAAAAAUGCAACCGGUCGUUGCUCGGAUGGACGACUAGUGAUUGAUUUUAUAGCUGAGGCAUAUGGGUUGCCAUUUUUACCACCCUAUCUGGCACUAACCAAAGACCAAAACAUUCAUGCUGGAGUAAAUUUUGCUGUAGCCGGAGCCACAGCGCUUGAUUCGAAUUUCUUCAUUCAAGCAGGACUUGGAAAAUUUCUAUGGACAAAUGACUCAUUGAGCAUUCAACUUGACUGGUUUAGGAAGCUCAAACCCUCUCUUUGCACCACCAAACAAGAUUGUGAUAGCUACUUCAAACACUCUCUCUUUCGUGGGGAGAUAGGUGGUAAUGAUGUUAACUAUGUGGCCUUUGCUGGAAAUAAUAUUACUCAACUUCAAGCUAUCGUUCCUCCGGUCAUUGAAGCAAUAACAAAGGCCAUCAAUGAAUUGAUAGCUGAAGGAGCAAGGGAGCUAUUGGUGCCAGGGAAUUUGCCAAUUGGAUGCUCUGCGUUCUACCUAACUUUAUUUAGAAGCGAGAACAAGGAGGACUACGAUGAAAUUGGAUGCUUGAAAGCUUUCAAUAGUUUUGCAGCGUACUGUAACAAACAACUGAAACAAGCUUUGGAGACAGUAAGGCAGAAGAAUCCUCAUUCAAGGAUACUGUAUGCUGAUUAUUAUGGUGCUGCCAAUCGUUAUUGCCAUGCACCGGGACACUAUGGGUUUACUCAUGGGGUGUUGAGAGCAUGCUGUGGUGAAGGUGGACCCUACAAUUUCAAUAUAUCCGCAACGUGUGGUCACAAUGGUUCAAAAGCAUGUGCAAAUUCGUCCACAUAUGCAAACUGGGAUGGAUUUCAUUUGACAGAAGCAGCUUAUAGGUACAUUGCUGAAGGUCUAAUUUACGGUCCAUUCUCAUCUCCUCCUCUCAAGACCCCUCCCAAUAAGAUAGCUUAG